AUAUAAACAAUUUAUUUAUGUGCAUCUUUUUUCUAUUUCCAUUUUAAUCCUUGUUUGUAAAUACUUGUCAAAGUUCUAAUUUUAGAUUAUACUAGAAUUACGCCUUGCAUAUUUUUGUCGCAAAAGUAAAAAAAAAAAACAUUAAUCAAAUCCGAAUAAUGGAGCAACCACCUUUUGUUGGCGAUUGGGUGAGGAAAAUUAAAUUAGGUUGCGGCGGUUUUGGCAUUGUUACACUUUGGCAAAAUGAUAAAAUACCUGAUAGUUUAGCUAUCAAAAUGUGUCGACCAGAUAUUGCAAAUCGAAUUACUCCAAAACAGCGUGAAAGAUGGACAAAAGAAGUGCAUAUUAUGAAAAGUAUAAGUCAUCCAAAUAUUGUACACACAAAACGUAUUCCACAAAUAUUAUUUGAAGCCUUAAAAGAAUAUAAUAUAUCAGAAUUACCUAUUCUGUCAAUGGAAUAUUGCAGCAAGGGUAGUUUACGCCACGUACUUAAUCAGACUGAAAAUUGCAGUGGUUUAUCUGAAUCAGAAGUUCGAUACAUAUUUGAAGAUAUAUCAAGUGCUAUUGCAUAUUUGCAUAACAUGAAAAUCACUCAUAGAGAUUUAAAACCGGAUAAUAUUGUAUUACAAACACUUGAUUCAUCUCUACAAACACAGCCACAAUUCAAUAACAGAACUAACAAAGUUGUGUAUAAACUAAUAGAUUUGGGAUAUGCUAAAGAAUUAGACGAAAAAAGUAUAUCAGAGAGUUUUGUUGGAACUUUGCAGUAUUUAGCACCAGAAAUAUUGCUUAACAAAAGCUACAGUAACUCUGUUGAUUAUUGGUCUUUUGGACUAGUUGCUUUUGAAAUCAUUUGCGGUGUACGACCAUUUUUGCCAAAUAUGUCUCCAGCACAAUGGUUACUUCAAAUACAAAAGAAAAAUAGUGACACAAUUUGUAUAUAUCAAGAUAUAGACGAAAAUAAAUCAAUAAUUCAUUGUGAUAAAAUUUAUGCAGAAAAUUUUAUAUCCAGUGCAUUGCAAUCUAAAUUCGAAAAAUGGUUUAAGCUUGCAUUAGAGUACGAUAGUAAACAAAGAGGAUAUGAAAAAAUGAAGCCAGGAUCUCAGAGCAAUAGCAUAUUAGAAAAGAAAUGUGUAACAUUUAAUGAUAUUGAAAUUGAUCGAAUUAAUAGGGAAACAAAGUUUUUCACAUUAUUAAAUACAGCACUCAAAACAAAGAUUAUAACUGUUUUUGUUGUAUAUACUUAUCAAAUAUUAAGUUAUGAAAUUGAGGAAACGCUCACAAUGAAUAGCUUCCUACAACAAAUUCAAAAUGAUACUACUAAUGAAGUUUUAGUCAGUGAAAUGAUUUUAGUACUGCCAAAUCGAGAACAGGAAAAGAUUGAUUAUGAUGGCUUUGCAAAUCAACUAUGGACAAACAAUUUUGAUACCCCAAUGGUACAUAUUUGGAAGAAAGGGCAAAUAAUUUCUGAAAAGUAUAUAAAUCUUGAAUCAUCACCUGAUCUUAUAAAACGCAUGUACAGCUGUCCUAAAAUUAAAAUUCUGGGACAUUUUAUGAAAAAAUUUGCUUCUGAUUGUUUAUAUUAUGUUAAAAAAGAAAUGCAAAUCUAUGAUACCCUUAUUACCAGUUGCAAUAGUAAAAUUAAGAUUAUUCAAGAAAAUAUAUCAAAUAUGACUAAUGCAUACCAUGAUAUGAAAUCAGAGUGGAUGUUAUUAUCAAGAAAUCUUAAAACAUCUGAAGAUGCGUUAACUUUUGAUUGUAAAAAUAUAAAAAAUUUGCAUAAUUCCAACGUAGAUUAUGAUAAAAAAUGGACAAAAUCCUUCGAAAGCUUAUGUUUAAAAGUCAACACAAUAAAAGAUGCUAUUGAACACAUUUCAAAGAGAUAUGACUCUAUUAAACGUAGAAAUAAUAAUAUAGAUUUUCAAAAAAUGUUUAGAAAAGCCAGGACUAUUCCUGAAGUUGAAUCAAUAUUCAAUGAUAUAAAACAAAAUUAUGAACAUAUAAGAAGAAUAUUGAAGGGCGACUUCAGCAUUGGUGACAAUCCUGAUGUUUGUAAAAACCUUAAAAAAGCAAUAAUUUUAUUUAUAAGUGCCAGAGAAAAGAACAUGCUCAAAGAUCAAGAUAUGAGAAUGAAUAUAUUAUUUAUACUUGAUCUGGAUGCUGAAAUUACAAAAAUUUUAUCUACUAUUAACAGUGCUAUAAGCAAUAUUGUUAAUUUAACUAAUGAAUUAACAGCAAUAAAUGCUAGCCGACAACAAGAUAUUUGGGCACAAAUUAAUGUCCAAACAAAUAGAUCAAAUGAAUCAGCUGACAAUCCAGAGAAAAUACUGGACUUUGCUUUAUAUGCUGUUCCUAAGCAAAGCAUAAAGUCCAAUGGAAUAUUAUUAAACAAUGAGGAAAAUAUGAUAAAUAACAUCACAAAUAGCAUUUCGGGAAAUUUUGAUUGUAAAUCAAUGAUCGAUGAUAAUAUUUCUUUGCGAUACAUGCAGCAAGAUUUGAUCCAAGAGUGUUUAGAUAUGUAUAAAUCUAUUAUGAAUGAUCAUAUGGACUUUGGUUUUCUAAAUGAUUAAACCACACGUUUGCCACA